AUGUCCCACUCCGCCGCUGAAUUGCAAAAGCCUACGGGCGAGUACCGUCAAUACUUGCCCGACCUGAGUCUGAAGCGCUUCCAGGUGAUGCGCAAUCAGGAUGCUCACGAAUACGCCCAUGAUUUCAAGACGCUGAAGAACCCUCCGUGGCUGCAUGCGCUGUAUAUGCACUGGGUUGAUCUGCUGCAGGAACCCUUCAAGGGUGUAACCACCGAUGGAAAUGUUCGCCCCGGCUUGUUCACGCUCCAAGAUGAAGAUGUGCCCGUUGGCGACAUUGUUGAAUCCGUCCAGAACGUCCUGUCCCUUGCCGACGACAAACAGCGCCAGGCGCUGUCCUACCACAUUGACUCCCCCGAAUGGAGGACCUGGUCAAACCCCGAAUUUCUUUUGGCCCACAAGGGUCUGCGCCUCGACGAGAUUGACAACAAGCUGCGCGAUGCCAUCAUGAACGUCCUGAAGACCACCCUGUCGCCCGAGGGCUACGACAAGGCCGUCAAGGCCAUGCGCAUCAACCACUUCCUCGGCGAGCUGGUGGAAUCUCCCAAGGUGAUGAACGAGUUCUCCUACAACUUUGUCCUUUUCGGUCGUCCCUCGACCACUCGGCCAUGGGGCUGGUCCUUCUAUGGCCACCACCUUUGCCUCAACAUCUUCCUGUACAAGAACCAGAUCGUCGCCUCCCCAUGGUUCACCGGCGCCGAGCCCAACGAGAUUGACGAUGGCCCGUACUCGGGUACUCGUAUCAUGCAGAUCGAAGAAGAACUCGGUCUCCGACUGAUGCAAUCCCUCACCCCUGACCUCCAGCAGAAGGCCCGCGUAUUCGAACAGAUGCACGACCCCGCCAUGCCCCCGGGCCGCUGGAACCGCGAUGACCAGCGCCACCUGUGCGGAGCCUACCGGGAUAACCGCGUUGUUCCUAACGAGGGUAUCACCGUCGAUGGAUUCACCGAGGAACAGAAGAAAUUCAUGUACGGCAUUUUCGAGCAAUACUUGCUAUACCUCCCCGCUCGGGCCCGUCAGAUGAAGCUGGACCAGAUCCGCCAGUAUGAGUCGGAGACGUACUUCUGCUGGAUUGGCGGAUACGGCGACAGCGAUCCCUUCUACUACCGUCUGCAGAGCCCCGUGGUUCUGGUCGAGUUCGACCACCACUCCGGCGUCUUCCUCAACAACGAGGAGCCCAAGAAGUUCCACAUUCACACCUUGUUGCGUACGCCGAAUGCCGGAGAUUACGGACAGGCUUUGCGGGCUCAGAUCCCCGCUGUGGAGGGACUUAAUGGCAAGGAGAUUGUGUGGGAGAAGUCCGCUCUGUGA